CCAAAGAAAGAUGUAUCCCUUUAGCUCCGGAAUCCUUAUAAUACUUUUUUCUGUUUUCAUGUCCUCUUCAAUUUCUUUAUCAACUUCUAAUUCCACCUCUGAAAAAUUCCUCAGUUGUGUUUCAACUCAAGACACCAGCAACGCAAUCUCUCAAGUUCUCUACAGUCCUACCAACUCUUCCUUCUCCCCUAUCUUGCAAUCUACAAUACAAAACCUUAGAUUCCUAUCAUCUAAAACUCCCAACCUUUUGUUUAUUAUCACACCAACUAAUGAGUCCCAUAUCCAAGCAGCAGUCAUAUGUUCUAGACAAAAUGGGCUUCAGAUUAAAGUCCGAAGUGGAGGUCACGACUAUGAAGGCUUAUCUUAUCGAUCUGAUGUCCCCUUCAUCAUCAUUGAUCUCCAAAAUCUUCGAUCAAUCAAUGUGGAUAUAGAAGAAAGAACAGCUUGGGUUCAGGCUGGCUCAACUGUUGGAGAAGUUUAUUAUCACAUUGCAAAUAAAAGCAACACUCUUGGCUUCCCUGCAGGUACUUGCUCCACCAUUGGUGUUGGUGGGCACUUCAGUGGAGGUGGCAUAGGGGCCUUGAUGAGAAAAUAUGGCCUCUCAGCUGAUAAUAUCAUUGAUGCUAACAUUGUGGAUGUUAAUGGAAGAAUCCUUAACAGAAAAUCAAUGGGUGAAGAUCUAUUUUGGGCUAUUAGAGGAGGAGGAGGGGUGAGCUUUGGAAUUAUUCUCUCAUGGAAGAUCAAAUUGGUUCCUGUUCCACCUACUGUGACUGUCUUUACAGUCCGACGAACACUACAACAAGGUGCAACCAAAAUUGUAAGCCGAUGGCAACAGUCAGCAUAUAUGUUCAGUGAAGACCUGUUUAUAAGGGCCAUAGCAACAGUGGCAACUGGGGCCACAAAAGGGGAAAGCACAAUCCUAGUUAGUUUUCAGUCUUUGUUCCUUGGAAGUGUGAAGGAACUCCUCCCUUUGAUGAAUAAUAGCUUCCCUGAACUGGGUUUGGAAGCCAAGGACUGCACUGAGAUGAGUUGGAUCAAAUCUACUCAAUAUUUUGCUGGCUUUACUAAUGGAGAAUCUAUUGAUGUUCUUCUGAACAGGACUUUACAGUCCAAGAUCUUUUACAAGGCCAAGUCUGAUUUUUUGCAAGUACCCAUUUCUGAAACUGGGUUGGAAGAGAUUUGGAAUGAGCUUUUACAAGGAAAUAUUAGUCCUGUGGUGAUCAUAGAACCUCUAGGUGGAAGGAUGAGUGAGAUCUCAGACACUGAAACACCCUUCCCACAUAGAGCUGGUUCCCUGUACAACAUUCAAUACUAUAUGUACUGGAAUGAAGAUGGAGAGAUGUCCAACACAACCGAAGAGCAUUUAGAAAGGAUGAGAAAGAUCUACGAGUUCAUGACCCCAUAUGUUUCCAAAUCUCCAAGAGCUACCUAUCUCAACUAUAGGGAUCUUGAUUUGGGUGGAAAUGAUGGGCGUAAUACAAGCUACACAAAAGCUUGGGUUUGGGGGAAUAAGUAUUUCAAGAACAACUUCAAGAGAUUAGCAUCUGUGAAGAGCAAGGUUGAUUCAACCAAUUUCUUUUGGAAUGAACAAAGCAUUCCACCUUUGAACUUUCAGACAGGGGAGAACUAAAAUAAGAGAGGAUGGGUUGGGAUGCCAUUGAUGUUACUGUUCUAUACUGUAAAUGACAAUAUACAAUAGGAAAUAUAUUGUCAUUUCAAGUAUGUAAUGUCAAUUUUAUUGAAUAAAAUUACUUUUUUCCGAUUGCUA